GGGGGCUUGUGGUUGUCUCCAAAUAAGAAAUCUCGUAUAAGAUUGUUGCUCAAACACUGGAUUAAAAUUGAACACCUGUCGCCGAUCCAUUCUCCAGCUGGAACGAAAAUCAGGUUUCUGUUAUGUAAGUGGGAAGUCCUCAGAUAUUAUAAAACUCUGGUGAAGAUUGGUGCAAAAUUAACAAAGUUAUUGUGUAGAUUGUGACAGACAGACACCGUCAGCAGAUAUGCCCCCUUUUUUGACUGAGGACUCCAGGAAAAGUGACAGGUUUGUACUAAUUGUCAGUGCACAUUUUAAAAGAAUGCAUGGAAAUCUUUCACCAGCUUAACUUGACAGGUACCUUUCGGUUGAGUUAAUGUGUGAGUUUUUAAGCAGAUGGAUGAUAGUUUGAAUGCCUGGUUUUAAGGAUCUGACAGUAAAUGACUUAUACAGACAAAUUGUAGCCUAGAUACCUUGAAUUUACUUUGAAUUUCUUUUAUCUGUCUCUUAAAUCAAAGUGGUCAAACUCACUGCCUUCCACACUGCAGCACUGCACUCUAAUCACUGAGAUCCUCAAACCCGCUGCCUUCCACACUGCAGCACUGCACUCUAAUCACUGAGCUACUCAAACCUACUUCCACACAUGUUAAUAAUUAUGUCUAGCUUUUUUUGUGCUUGAAUGUCUGGUGAACUGACCUGCUGUCAUUUUACCAUAAACAAGUUAGUACCUGAAACUAAUUCUUCAGUUUAAUGAUUACACUUUACAGUUCUAGUCUGUGUGAUAGACACCUUUGUUGAACUGAGUCUCAGUAAAAGUCCUGAGUCAUCUCACUCUGAUCCCUAAAAGAAUACACUUUGUGUCCCUUUGGGAAUUUGGUGACCAGAAGUGAACACAGUACUCAAGCGCGGUCUCACCAGUGGAUUAUACAAUCACAUAAUAACCUCCUUUGAUUUGUACUCUACACUUUUUUUGACAAUUUAACCCAAGCACUCUGUUUGCCUUUUCAAUUGCUUCCCCCGACUUUCAGGUUGCAUCAAAUUUGAGUACAUUUUUCUUCAUUUUUGGUAUCUGUUAAAUGUGGUACAGGCUAUAAGGGAUACACCUCUCGUUUGAUAUUUGAGCGCGCCACUUCACAGCACACUUCACAUUUGUUUGCCAGUCAGCGAGCAUGGCAUCUCCGGGGGAUCGGUUUGAGUUUGCCAUCGACCGCGGCGGCACUUUCACAGACGUGUUCGCCCGCUGCCCUGGGGGCAAGGUGAGGGUCCUUAAACUGCUCUCCGAGGAUCCGGCAAACUACAGGGAUGCCCCAACUGAGGGAAUCCGAAGAGUGCUUGAGGAGGAAUGUGGGCAGUCCAUGCCACGCAACCAGCCCAUGGACACCUCUCUGAUUGGCUCGAUCCGGAUGGGUACCACAGUGGCGACUAAUGCGCUUCUGGAGAGGAAGGGGGAGAAGAUGGCCCUUCUGAUCACUCGGGGGUUCAGGGACCUGCUGCACAUCGGCAACCAGGCACGGCCUCGCCUCUUUGACCUGGAGAUAGUGAUGCCUGAGGUCCUGUAUGAAGAGGUGAUUGAGGUGGAGGAGAGGGUGGUCCUGCAGAGAGACGGCUGCCAGCUGCCCAGGAGAGAGGCCUGCCAGACAGUCACAGGCUCUACUGGGGAGAGGCUAGAGGUGUGGACCCCACCGGACCUGGUCCAGCUGGAGGCUGACCUGCAGAGAGUGCUGUCCCGAGGGAUCCGCAGCCUGGCCGUGGUUCUGAUGCACUCCUACACGUGGUCCUCUCACGAGGUUCAGGUUGGGGCUCUGGCACGGAGGCUAGGUUUCCAGCAGGUCUCCCUGUCCUGCGAGGUCAUGCCUAUGGUGCGGAUCGUGCCUCGUGGGUACACAGCCUGCGCCGACGCCUACCUCACCCCCAAGAUCCAGGAGUACCUGAGUGGCUUCCGAUCUGGCUUCUGUCAGGGGCUGCAGGGGGUGCGUGUUCUGUUCAUGCAGUCGGAUGGUGGUCUCACUCCCAUGGAGAAGUUCAGCGGCUCUCGAGCAAUCCUGUCAGGCCCCGCGGGGGGGGUGGUGGGCUACGCGAUGACGAGCUACAGCCGGGAGAACCGGCAGCCCGUCAUCGGCUUCGCCUUGUCAGGCACCUCGACGGAUGUGAGCCGCUACGCCGGACAGUAUGAGCAUGUAUUCGAGGCCACGAUGGCAGGCAUCACUGUGCAGGCGCCGCAGCUCGACAUCAACACUGUGGCAGCGGGAGGGGGGUCUCGGCUUUUCUUCAGGUCCGGGAUGUUUGUAGUGGGACCGGAGUCUGCUGGAGCUCACCCAGGGCCAGCCUGCUACAGGAAAGGGGGCCCUCUCACAGUGACAGAUGCUAACCUGGCUCUGGGGCGCCUGCUCCCCUCGUUCUUCCCGCGGAUAUUUGGCCCCUCGGAGGACCAGCCUCUCUCUAGCGAGGACUCCCUGCGCGAGUUCCGCCUCCUCACCACCACCGUUAACCAGUUCCUGUCUGCGCAGUGCGGAGCAAGUCAUUCAGAGAUGAGUGUGGAGGAGGUCGCCAUGGGAUUCAUCCGCGUUGCUAACGAGGCCAUGUGCCGGCCAAUCAGAGCACUCACCCAGGCGAAGGGUCACGACACCUCCCGUCACGUGUUGUCGUGUUUCGGAGGAGCGGGGGGGCAGCACGCGUGUGCCAUCGCCAGGGCUCUAGGCAUGAAGACUGUCUUCAUUCACAAGUAUGCAGGGAUCUUGUCUGCAUUCGGGAUGGCUCUGGCGGAUGUGGUUCAGGAAGUUCAGGAGCCCUGCUCUCUGCUCUACCAAGAGAGCAGCUUCGCUGAGGUAGACCAGAGAGUGAAGGAACUGAGGGGGAGGUGUGAGGAGGCACUGCGUGGGCAAGGGUUCACCAGCUCUGAGAUCAGCACCGAGGUUUUCCUGCACUUGCGAUACGAGCGUACGGACUGCGCACUCAUGUGUUCUGCCAGCGGUUACCCUGGCAACAAGGAGUUCUGCAGCACAGGAGACUUCAGAGCUGCAUUCACUGACCGGUACCGGAAGGAGUUUGGCUUCACCAUCCCGGAGCGGCCCAUCGUGGUGGACGAUAUCCGGGUGCGAGGCACUGGCAGGACCAGCAUCGACCACCAGAGCAGAGUGGAGCCCCGUGGGAAGGAGCCACGCGUGGAGAGGGUGACGCAGUGUUACUUUGACGACAGUUACCUGGAUACCAAAGUGUACCUGUUGGAGGAGCUGUCAUGUGACCACAGCAUCCCGGGACCGGCCAUCAUCAUUGACAAGAACAGCACCAUCCUGAUCGAGCCGGACUGUCAGGCUGAGAUCACCCAGUCUGGGGAUGUGAGGAUCACGGUGGGCACAGGGAAGCUCCGGGCUGUGGGCACUGAGCUCGACACCAUCCAGCUGUCCAUCUUCUCACACCGCUUCAUGAGCAUUGCAGAGCAGAUGGGUCGGGUCCUGCAGCGUACUGCUAUAUCCACAAACAUCAAGGAGCGGCUCGAUUUCUCCUGUGCGCUGUUCGGACCGGACGGGGGGCUGGUGUCCAACGCGCCCCACAUCCCUGUGCAUCUGGGAGCCAUGCAGCAGACAGUGCAGUACCAGAUUCAGGAGCUGGGCGCGGAGCUGCAGGAAGGAGACGUGAUUCUCAGUAAUCACCCAUGCGCCGGGGGCAGUCACCUGCCUGACCUGACUGUCAUCACCCCAGUGUUCCACCCAGGCAUGCCUCGACCCGUAUUCUUCGUGGCAAGCCGUGGGCACCAUGCUGACAUCGGGGGUAUCACUCCGGGCUCCAUGCCCCCCCACUCCAAAUCACUGCAGGAGGAGGGGGCAGUCUUCAUCUCCUUCAAACUGGUUAAGAACGGGGUCUUUCAGGAGCAAGCUCUGACAGAUGCCCUCAUGGCCCCAAGUAAAUUCCCAGGCAGUUCUGGAACACGUAAUCUCCAUGACAACCUUUCGGACCUGCGGGCUCAGGUGGCAGCUAAUCAGAAGGGGAUACAGCUGGUGGGGGAGCUUAUUGACAGCUACAGACUGGAAGUGGUGCAGGCUUACAUGGGACACAUACAGAGCAAUGCAGAGCUGGCAGUCAGGGACAUGCUGAAGGAAUUCGCCCAUCGCCGUCGGCAACAGACUGGCUCUCUGGAGGUGGAGUCAGAGGAUCACAUGGAUGACGGGACACCAAUCAGAUUGAAGGUGCUAAUCAAUGAGGAGGAGGGCAGUGCAGUGUUUGAUUUCUCUGGGACGGGCCCCGAGGUGUUUGGAAAUUGCAAUGCCCCUCAAGCAAUCACUCUGUCCGCUCUCAUCUACUGCCUGCGCUGCAUGGUGGGGCAAGACAUCCCCCUGAAUCAGGGUUGUCUCGCUCCCAUCAGGGUCCUCAUUCCCGAGGGUUCUAUCCUGCAGCCGUCUCGGAAUGCCGCGGUGGUGGGCGGGAACGUGCUGACAUCACAGAGAGUUGUUGAUGUCAUUUUCAAAGCCUUCGAAGUGUGUGCUGCCUCUCAGGGCUGUAUGAACAACGUGACUUUCGGGAACGAGCAUGUCGGAUAUUACGAGACGGUAGCUGGCGGUGCGGGGGCGGGGCCAGGCUGGCAUGGGCGUGGUGGGGUCCACAGUCACAUGACCAACACACGCAUCACUGACCCCGAGAUACUAGAGAAGAGGUACCCGGUGGUUCUGCAGCGCUUCUCGCUCCGUCCUGCCUCUGGGGGCAGGGGGUGUUUUCGAGGGGGGGACGGUGUGAUUCGAGAGCUGCUGUUCCGAGAGGAGGUCGUCCUGUCAGUGUUGACGGAACGCAGGGCCAGCCGGCCGUAUGGACUCAAAGGGGGUGAAUCAGGAUUGUCAGGGCUCAAUCUGCUGGUGUGUGCUGACGGGCGCACCCUCAACCUGGGAGCCAAGACCUCCAUAAGCGUCAAGCCAGGGGACGUGUUCCAGCUGCAGACCCCCGGAGGAGGGGGGUAUGGGAGCUGCGAGCAGUCAACCCCCCCGGGACCUCUCUCCAAGAAGAAGAAAGUGGAGAGCACCUUCACUGAGCGCGGCAGUGUGUUUGAAUACAGCUGCACGCAGGAGGCAGUGUGACCAAACAAGAGCUGGGUGGUACUGGAGAGACUCCUUUCAUGCUCCGUAGAGCCACGGCUCUGGAUUAUCUAUUACAUAAGACAGGUCACGCCAGCUGUGAAGCCAGUCACAUAAAGCUGGCUCAGCCACUCAUUGACCUCUGUGCCUCCUGCUCAUUGGCAGGUGUGUCCUCUGCUAUGACGUCUGACCCCAUUAGGACCAAUCACAAACAAGGGCUUGAAUUCAGUCAAAGUCCAUGGUGUGGCCACAGCUAUACUUUUAUAAUCAUUUUCAUUUAAUCUGCCCCCAAGUAGUGAAAGAUUAUUAAUAAUAAUCAGGGUUGUGAAUCCAGCAUUCUUGUUAAUGUCAUGCUUGAUUCAUGAAAUCUGUGCACACAAAAACAAUAAACAGCUUGCUUUAGGAACUAAAUCAAAUGAGGCAGGGGUGAUAAAGCUAUAAAACUAUAAUAUCAUGAUUUGUUAAUGUUAUAAAAAAAUGUGCUGUCACAAAAUGCUUGCCAGUAUAUUGAUAGUGAUUUCUCAAAUGCAACAGAAAUUACGUUUUCAUUUGUGUGACAGGGAAAUAAACACUGAUAAAUUUUUCUACUUUAUAAAACUUGAGUUUUUUUAAUUUUAUUUCAAAUAGUUGCACUGUGGCAUACUUGAUUUCACCUCAUGCCUCAAAAUCCAUCUGAUCAUGCU